AUAUUGUAUCAGGAAAUGAUCAUGUGAGCUCGAAGGAACGGCUAGCAAUGUUUUCAAAAACGUUGGAUUGCAUAGGCCUAACAAGUGAUUUGAUUUUAAGAGGCCUCUCCGAGCUUAUGUCAUGUCUUGACUUUUCUGUAGCAUCUCGUCAAUUCAAUUGCUUAUAUGAUUUUGCCUUCUUCAUUUGUCGUAAAAAUGGGCAGAAAAACAUAACUGUCCAAAGAGCUGUCGCAGCAUGGCAAAUUGUUUUGAAUGGAAGGUUUCGAUUAUUGAACCAGUGGUGUAAUUUUGUUGAGGGAACCCGGCGUCAUAAUAUAUCAGAGGAUACUUGGCAACAACUCCUGGCAUUCAGCAGAUGUGUAAAUGAAGAUCUUGAAGGCUAUGAUCCGAAAGGUGCUUGGCCUGUUCUUAUUGAUGAUUUUGUUGAUCACAUGUACAGUCAGUCCAGCAACUCUCAGACUUUGGAUUCAAUGUGCUGUUCUGGCGAUGAGGAAACACAGCCCAUUAUAUCUAAUACAUUUGGUGGAUUGGACUUGCUACCGGGAUCAAAGAGGAAAUAUCCUGUUGAUGCUCGGCACUGGAUUGAACUAAAUCGUCAGGAAAAUUCAGUUACUUCAUCCCAUUUGGUGAAACUAAAGCGAGCAAAGCAAGAUCACCUUGCCACUAGAUUCGGACUAAACGAAUCCAAUUGGGAUGUCAGUAUGUCUGGCGGUGCAGCAGAUUUUCAUGCAUCUGCACAUAAGCACAAUUCACUAGAUUGCGCGCAUGCUUCAGCCUGUGCGAUCGAGGAUAGCCUAUCUAAAGGUUUUGAAGGCUACCUUUCUAUAGGUUCUUUUCAAUAUGAAGCUUACCAUGCAGAUAUGCAUAUACCUGGUUCGUUAAGCUGUGUGCCCACUUCGGCAUGUGCAAUAGAGGAUAGCCUCUCUAAAGGCUUCGAAGGUUACCUCUCUAUAGGGUCUCCAUUUCAAUAUGACCAGAAACAUGGAGUUUCAUAAGAAUAUAUUAUCUCCCCUAUAUGGGUAAUUACAUAUAUAUUCGGCCUUUUUGGGCUUCCGCCCAUUUUAUUCAUGCAUUCUAUUAAUUUUCCAUACCGCAUAAUCUAUUACUUGUGGGUUUAUAUUCGUAUGAUUGUAUUAUGUAUUAAAAUUUAGCCCUGUUUUUUGCCUUCUACUUCUGGCUGUAUUUGACAUUGUGACAGUUGAAAAUGAUUUAAUGUGUUAUUUUGCUUUCUGGAA